UGCUUUUGGGUUUGUUUCUAAAUACUAUACAGAGGAUACAUAACAUUAUUCUAUUGGUUGCAGGACAUGUUUUUCCUUUAAGAUCAACUCCCUUGUAGUGGGGUUCCUUUUAUCAGAUCUGUUAAUGGAUUAGAAACUGGAAAAAAAAAAAUUCAAAGAAGAUUCUCCAGUUGUGUAUCAUUUUAUGCGUUUGUGUCCCAUAAAGUCAUUAGUGAUUACUAUGUUAAUUAGGCACUUUCCAAAGUUUUCAUUUCAAAUGUCUUAGAUGAGCUUAAAUGAGCAACCUAGACAGUGAGGAUUCAUAUAGCCGAACCCAACUUACUUGUAAUUGAGACACACUUGUAUUUGUUGUUAUGAUUAUGGUUCCUAAUGUCAUUUUCUAUGUGUAUUUUAGUGUCAUUUUCUUAGGCAUGAUGUUGUCCCAAAGUGUUAUUGCUAUACAGUAUAAGCAGAAGAGUAGAAAUGAAGUAAAGGAAAAAGAAUUGGAUAGAUAUGGCUACAUAAUGACAAUUAUUUUUAAAACUUUCUUUGCAUUUUUUUCUUUUUUCUUUUUUCUUUUUCUGUUUUGGCUUCUUUCUCUUGUAUUUUAGGUUUGGUUGGUGGUAGUGGAGGUUGAUUUCUAUAUGGAGUUCCUUUGAAGGGAUGGUGUUUCUGAGAGGAGAUUAAUAUGCAGACACCAAAAUCCAGGAAUGUUACGGUGGAGGUGCCACAAAGGACGUCUCCUACAGCUCCAAAGACAGCCCGAAAGCUCAAAACUCCAGGAUCAGAUGCUCCAACCAGGACACCAAAAGAGAGGAGUCCCAAAGUUGUUGUUCGUCGUUCUCCACGAAGUCCAGCAUUAGAGAAGAAGAAUCCAACCAGAGAUUCUGACUUGGAAACUCAGUUUGCUCAACUUCAAGAAGAGCUGAAGAAGGUAAAGGAUCAGCUCAAUUCAUCCGAAUCAUUAAAGAGACGGGCUCAACUAGAGGCUGAGGAAGCUAAGAAGCAGCUAAAAGCCAUGUCAGAUCAGCUUGAGGAGUCCGAGAAACAACUACUCGAACUCUCAGAUUCUGAAGAAGCUCGGAUCCUGGAGCUGCGCAAGCUCUCACAGGAUCGAGAUCGAGCAUGGGAAUCCGAACUUGAGGCUGUCCAAAAGCAGAAUGAAUUCAACUCUGCUGCUUUGGCUUCUGCAAUGAAUGAAAUCCAGAAGCUUAAAAUUCAGCUGGAUAGAGUGGCUGAUUCUGAAGCCAAACAAGCUCGCCAUGCUGAAUCAGCUAAUGCGGAGAUUCAAAGCCUAAGGGGAGAACUAACGGAAACACUUACUUUGGUCGAACAAAUGAAAAACCAGCUAAACGAUAGCAAAGAAUCCGAGGCUUGCGCGCUUGAAGAAGUGAGUAAAGCACAGAUGCAGCUGGAAGCGGCGAAGAUGACCGAGGAUGCUCUACGUUCUGAAGGUCUGAAAGCAAUGGAGGCUUGCAGGUCCUUGUCGUUGGAGCUAGAACAAUCUAUCAAUCGAGUAGCUACAUUGGAGGAACUUGUCAGCGAACUCCAAAGCGCUCAUCAAGGUAUUGAAAGCACGAACUCUGCACAAGAAAACGGAGCUAAUUUAGAAGCCGAGGAACUCAAAACUGAGCUUAGUAAUCUACAAGUUGAGGUAAGUCAACUAAGAGCUGCAUUGGAGGUUUCAGAGACAAGAUAUCAGGAAGAAUAUAUCCAGAGCACUUUGCAGAUUAGAAGUGCUUAUGAGCUAGUUGAACAAUCAAAAUCUGAAUCAAUUCGAAAAGAGGCUGAAUGGGAGGCAAAGUUAGACGCUGCAAAAGUCGACCUGGAAGAGUUAAAGGAGAAAUUAAUGAGCAAAGAAGCUACGCUACGGAACAUUUCAGACGAAAAUAAGGAUGCUAUAGUUGUAGUGAGGGAAUCAGAGUCAACUUUGGCAGAUAUGAGGGCGCGUUUAUUCGACAAAGAGAUGGAACUGCAGAAUAUUAAGGAGGAAAACGAGACGCUGAAGUCAGAAAUGAAGAUGAGGGAAACCGAGGGUUGCAAAGUGAACGAUGAAACUCUUGCCUUGGCAGAAGCCGCAAGAAUUGCAGAAAAAGAGGCCUUGAUGAAGUUAGGUCAUUUGACUGAGGAAGCGGAUAAUAGUAUCAGAAAGGCAGCACGUGUCACCGAGCAAUUGGAUGCAGCACAGAAUGCCAACUCGGAGAUGGAAGCGGAAUUGAGGAGGUUAAAAGUGCAAUCGGAUCAAUGGAGGAAAGCUGCUGAGGCAGCUGCAGCUAUACUUUCAUCAGGAAACAACGGGAAAUAUGUGGAUUCUCCAUUAUCUGAAGAUACAGAUGAUGACUCGCCCAAGAAGAAGAAUGGCAACAUGUUGAAAAAGAUUGGUGUUUUAUUGAAAAAAGGCCAGAAGUAGAAACAUAUCUUUGCAGGUUGCUUUUGAAUAAUCACUGUUUGAUUUGUCUGAUAAUAAUAGUCUAGUUUACAUUUCCAGUUUUUUGUUAAUAAAUUUUACUACACACCUUAUGAAUCUUGUAGAAGAUUUUUGUAUAGCUAUUUGAAAUUAAGAACACUGUAUGAUCUCAAUCGCCAAUACUCGUAGGUUCCCUGAGGAGA